AUGGAUCUCGUCAACCACCUCGAAGGCCAGGGCCGCCUGCAGCAAGCCACCCUAGACCUCCUCGCAGGCUGUGACGUCCAAUUCCGUCGCGAAACCCGCCUCGACAUCGCGCUCGUCAAGAACCUGCCCAUCGCGCUCAUCUUCCUCCCCGCCGCCGACAUCCCAACCUUCGUCGGUGAAGGCCGCGUCGAUCUCGGUAUCACUGGCCGCGAUCAGGUCGCCGAGCACGACGCCACCCUCCCCCCCGGCGAGGUUUCAGGCGUCGAGGAGAUCCUCGAUCUCGGUUUCGGUGGCUGCAAGCUCCAGGUCCAGGUCCCUGAGAAGGGUCAGUACAAGGAAGCCAAGGACCUCGUUGGUCGCAAUGUCGUGACUAGCUUCACGGCUCUGACGGAAGCAUUCUUCCGUAACCUUGAAGGUGCCGACGCCGGCGCAAAGCUGAACACUAAGAUCAAGUAUGUCGGCGGCAGUGUCGAGGCUGCUUGCGCUCUUGGUGUCGCGGACGGUAUCGUCGAUCUCGUCGAAUCCGGUGAGACCAUGAAGGCAGCUGGUCUGAAGGCCAUUGAUACCGUUGUCUCCAGCACAGCGGUUCUUGUCAAGUCCCGCUCGUCGAACAGCGAUAUCCUCACUCUCCUCACUUCCCGUCUGCGUGGUGUGAUCACUGCUCAAAAGUUCGUGCUGUGCCAGUACAACAUUCCCCGUGCUCAGUUGCCUGUUGCUUCUAAGAUUACUCCUGGCAAGCGUGCGCCCACUAUCACUGCCCUUGAGGAGGAGAACUGGGUUGCUGUUAGCUCGAUGGUGGAGAAGAAGCGUAUUGCUAAUGUGAUGGAUGAGCUUAUCAAGGUUGGCGCGACUGACAUUUUGGUUAUGAACAUUGCCAACUCUCGCACGGAUUAA